AUGUGCGCCCUGUAUACUAACUCUGGGUGCAGGGACCUGCCAGGGCCCGGAGAAGAGGAUGACGAUGAUGAUUAUGAGAACACAGCACCACUGUACAAGGACCUUCCUCCCAAGCCUGGUUGGAUGGCUCCACCAAGGCCUCCAAGGGCAGGAAAGAAAACAGAGAGCCCCCCACUUCCCUGCAAGCUCCCGAAGAACACAGGCCUGAACCUCACCCCUGUCACCUGCACAACUCCUCAACUGGCAACUCCAGUGCCCUGGAUCCGUCAGAAGUCCAGAGGUCCUAGGUGUUACCAGGAGGAGAGACUCAUGGUGUACGUGUGUCUGCUGGUGGUGGUGUCACUGCUCAUGGGCUGCACUUGUCUGGCUGUUACCCUGAUUAAAUACCAGGAGGUGGUGGAAGAGCUGCGGAUGUUAACCUUUCAGCAGAUGGCAUGGCGAGUGAAUGUGACUGGCAUGGCGGGGCUAGCCGGCCUGAAGAAGGACAUUGACCGAGUAAGAGCUGACACCAACCAGUCCCUGCUGGAACUUCGGGGCUUAUUAGACUGUACCAGGGUCACCUGCCCUGAGGGCUGGCUCCCUUUUCAGGGUAAGUGUUACUACUUCUCUCCAAGCACCAAGUCAUGGGAUGAAGCCCGGAAGUUCUGCCAGGAGAAUUACUCUCACUUGGUCAUCAUCAGUAACUUUGCUGAGCAGAACUUUGUGGCCAAGGCUCAUGGCUCUCCUCGGGUAUACUGGUUGGGGCUGAAUGACAGAAACCGUGAAGGGGACUGGAGGUGGCUGGAUGGGUCACCCAUCACUUUGAGCUUUUGGGACCCACAGGAACCCAACAACCUCCAUAAUGAGGACUGUGCCAGCAUGAACAAAGGUGGCACCUGGAAUGACCUCUCUUGCGACAAAACUACGUAUUGGAUUUGUGAGCGGAAAUGUUCCUGUUGAACCCAAGAGCUGAAGUUGGGUGGGGUUCCAUACCCGGUACCCCUUGGCUUUUGGACAUGAGAACCUCCUGCCCUCUGAGAACUGAAGUGGACAUGCCCAAGAUGGAACCAGCAGCCUGG